AUGGCCGCCUUCAUCGGAAUCUCCUGGUGGCUAGGGCUGGAGGUGAAUGCGUCCCUAUUCUUGACCUUCAAGCGACGCCGCGGACUAUAUUUCUGGUCCUGCGCAUUCGUCUCGUGGGCGAUCGUCCUCCAACCUCUCCUUAUCAUCCUCGCCGACUUCAAUGUCUGGACGGACCCCGUCCCCUCCAUCACUAUGAUCUACCUCACAUGGCUGAUCAUGGUCGUUCCGCAAAGUUGGGUCUUCUACUCGCGACUCCAUCUGCUGCUUCGCAAUGCAAGGACUCUGAGGACGAUAAGGUUCAUUCUUAGAUACUCUCAAAAAAAAGAUUUUUAA